AUGGUUAGAAAAUACGUGAGACGUAGAGUAGGUGAAGCACUUCAUCCUGAUUGCAUUGAAGCAACUACGAAAGACCCAACAAAUGUCAUGAUUUGGGCAUGUAUGUCUGCAGAUGGUGUGUGUCGAAUUCAAGUGAUUGGUGGCAUCCUGAAUGCCAAAAAAUACAUCGAAACUGUCCUGAAACCAAAAGUGAUACCUUCUAUCAGGGAUCUCUUGCCCAACAGCGCACCAUUUAUUUUUCAGCGGGAUUCAGCUCAAUGCCACACAACAAACUUCCAGAUAAGACCGGAUAAAGACAUGGAUGAAGAAGAUAAAAUGGAUCCUGAGUAUUUGCAUAGUCGAUGCGUAACCUGCAGAAGACGAAUUCUAGAUGGUGAAAAAGUUAUUUGCCCUUUUAAUCGAUGCAAUGUAUGUCAGGGAGGUAUUUGUGAAGACUGUGUUUAUAAGGGAACUGGUGACCUGCGCUGGAUGUGUGGUUGCUGCCAUCGAAAGAGGAAGGAAAGAGCAAGAACAUCAUCAGCUCAACCAGACAAUUGGUUUUUUGAUUUGAAUGAAACCUUUGAUUCUUUAAAUGCCCCUACUAGAUCUAGAGAAACUUGUAGUACCGAAACCACAGAGAGUCAUUUAAAUGAUUCCGGUGCUAAUAAGUGCCCUUCUGAAGGCAUGGAGUCACAAAGAGCUUAUGCCACAAACGACCAUGCCAAUCAAAUUAGUGAAAGCUCUCAAUCAUCAUCUUCAUCUAACGCAGCAAGAGAAAGUAUGAAAAAAGCCAUUAAACCAUCAGAGUAUCAUUUAGAAGUCGUCCAUUUAAGCGGUUCUCCAUCGCAGCGUCGUCAUAUGACCAACAAGCCAACAAAUUGUGAUAAGAGUGUAACCCACUCUGAUUAUAAAAACCCGCAGUCUAAGAAGGAUUACCCGGCUCAAGAUAAAUCUCAAAGUCAUCAUGAAAAAGUGGAUUCUCCUAAAAAUAAAACUGAUAAUGUACAUCAACCAAGAAAGGUCGAUACUGGUGCUAAAAACAAACGUGAGAAGAAUGAAAGCGGCAAAGAGACAGAAACUUUCAUAGAAUAUUUUCGGUACCACUUUCUAUCAAGUAAUUAUCGUAAGGACAAAGCUCAAUCCAACAACAGUCACCCCCACCCCAAUCUGAAGGAGACUCAAAUAUCAAAUAAUGAAAUUCAAGGUAACAGCAAACCUUCCAUUCCAAAGAACAAAGAAAAAGUCCCACCUUUAUAUAGUGAUAGCCUUAGGGUUGAUCUUCCACCUCCGUACUUCUCUGACUUAUCUUACAAGCGAGUUGAACAAGAACACCAAGCUAGAAAUAAAGAUACAAGCAUCAGUCCAGAACAUCAGAGACCACCACCAGAAUAUUACCAAGAUACUCCAAAUAUGAAACAGCGUUUGGAGAAACAUGAUUUACGUGGAAGGCCUCUUGAAAGAGGCCGUCAGAUAAAAGGCGCACCAGAAAGAAACUCAUCGUUGGAGUGCCAUACAGAAAGAAGAGACUCGCAUAGACAACAUGUUUCUAGAAUUGACACAAUCCCUCAUGGAUCAAAAAAGCUGCCAUCCGACGGCUGGGAUAAUGGUACUGUGGCUGAAAGGAAAAGCCGCUCAACAUCUCUAGGUCGUCCCCAGAUGAAUUUGCCUCAAGAGAGAGAAAGAGGUUAUUCUGUUGAUGAAAUGCGAUAUGGUGAAAGAAAUGUCGGCAAGCGGCAACCCAGAUUAGAGCGGCAAAAUACAAGCAUGGACUAUUAUUGGGAGCAGCCUCAUCAACGCAAAGAUCAUCACGCACCUUUGAGACCCAACUUAGAUGAUGAUAAUGAAUUUGAAAAAGCCCUUUGCUCUUUUCGUAAUUUUGACUAUGAUUUUGAGCCUGAAAGUUUCUCUGAGUUGGAUAUUUGUGCCCAAAAUCCUCGAAGAUACAUGUAUGAUGAAGACAGACAUUACUCAGAUCGAGCAAGUGGUGAGUACUCGAAACAAUGA